UUUGUGGUACAUAGUCACUCAACGCUCGAUUCCUCGUGUUUCCACCGACAUUAACCCUGAAAAAACAUCAAUAUGAAUCAAUUCGUUUUCAUAUUAGGUCUUACUUCGUUUGUCAGCGUGGUAUUGGCCGGUCAUUUUGACGAAGAUCAUGGUGGUUCUUCGUACGAAGAGAAAACAAAGACAGUGGAAAUACCAAUUAUUAAAAAAUAUGCUAUACCUAUUCCACAUCCCGUGCCUGUCGAGGUGCCUAAGGAAAUUAAAAUUCCAAUACCUCAACCCUAUCAAGUACCAAUUGAAAUUCCCCAACCGUAUCCAGUUGAGGUCGUAAAACAUAUCGAAAUACCUAUUGAGAAACCCGAGCCAGUUGUCGUUGAAAAACACGUUCCUUACAUCGUGGAAAAACCAUAUCCCGUCUACGUGGAGAAGAAAUUCCCCGUACCAGUGGCAAAACCAUAUCCCGUUCACGUCCCGGUUUAUAAACACGUGCUUCACUAUACUUCUAAGGGCAAAGGGUGGCAUUAAAUUCGAUAAAUAUUAGGUCGUGUUUUUGAAACAUUCUUUUUUAUGGUAUAAUGAGGAUUUGUUUGCACACAAGAUUGUUUGAUUUAAAUAAUUAUAAAAUCCUCUUUUGCCAUUUUUUUAUUGACAUGAGAUUCUGACACGUGACUGAUUGAUGUGAAUCACAAAAUUAUAAGAGUGCGCGUAUUAUUACAAUUUAUCUUGACUUUUUAGUUGGUGCUUUUAAGUCAACGUGUAGAUAGUUUUGUUACAUGUAUUUUUUUUUACCGUUGUUAA